UCGGCUUAUAAACCCAGCGUCGAGGGUUAUAUCAGCAUUAUUUUAAAACAUCACACAUCAACAGGAUCAUCAUUAUCUCCAUCAGCAGCCAUGUUCUCCCGUUCUCUCCUGCUGCUUCUGCUGGGUCUUUCCUGCCUUCAGAGCUUCACAAUGGCACAGAAUGCAAACGGAGCAGGAUUGUGCUGUUUCGAGUUUCACAAAAAUCCAUUCCCUGCAGCGAAUGUUGUGUCUUAUGAAGAAACCAGAUCCGACUGUACACUUCCUGGAGUUAUUUUGACCACAAAGAGGGGUUUUCGCAUCUGUGCAGAUCCUGAGGUGGACUGGGUGCAGCAGGUCAUCAAAAGUAAAACCACAGCCUAGAUUCAGACGACAAAUUAAAGCGUCUCUCCAUGAAAUUAGCUUCACUUUGCUUCAUUUCACUUACAUAACCUGUAAAGCAUUCUGAUGUUGUGUGUAAUAAGAGGAAGCUUUCUGUUAAACAUAUGCUUGUAGCUACACACACACACCAAUUUAUUUUAUUUUUAGCCCAAAUAAAGGACACCAUUGUUACUCAUG